CGUUUAUCUGCGCUAGUGAUGAGGACAUCUCUCCAACAAAGCAAGCACUCUCAUACCAAUUCUAAAGUACCCUAAACACCGCUAGUGUCGGAACACCAACAUCAUCAUCAUCAUCAUCCUCCUCCUCCUCCAUCCAUCCCGACAACCCUUGCAGGUUAGUUAGUCAUCAGCAUCAGCUAAUCGAACUAGUCCAGAACGACUAUUUAAAAGACGGACUCUCCUCCACCAUCCCACCUCCUCCCAUCUCCCCCAACCCCAAACCAAACAAUGGGCGCCAUCACAUCCACCCUCCGCACCAGCUACCUGGGCAUCCAAGUCCUACUCGCCGACCUUUCAACCUCCAGCGCGGACUUCACCGCGCUCCUAACCCGAAUAUCGAGCCCAAUCCUCCCAAUCCCUAACCCCAGCAUCUCCUUCUGGCAACAACACCCCCCCUUCCCGACCCUCGUAGAUGUCCGAUCCCCAACCCUCCCCCCCUCCACCGACAUAAUCAUCAUCGGCUCCGGCAUCUCCGGCGCCAGCAUCGCCUACACGCUCCUCACGCAGAGCGCCACUCAAACGCCACCCCCAAAGAUCAUCCUUCUCGAGGCCCGCCAACUCUGCAGUGGCGCGACGGGGCGCAACGGCGGAAACAUCAAAUGCGCGGCCUACUCCGACUACGCGAGCUUCAAGAGCCGGUUUGGACGCGAGCGAGCGCGCAAGAUGCUCGCGUUUGAGCGACGGGCGUUGCCUCUGCUGGUUGAGUUCGCGGAGAGGAAGGGGUACGAGCGGGCGGAGGUGCGGGAGGUGGAGACGGUGGAUGUGAUUACGGACGCGGGGAUGUGGGAGAAGACGAAGCGGAUGGUGAGGGAGUUGCAGGAGGAGGUGCCCGAGGCAGGGGGGGAGGUGGAGGUGUUUGAGGCGGAGGCAGGGUGUGAGAGAUUCGGACUCAAUCGAGAGCAGUGCCACGGGGUGGUGGCAUACCGGGCAGGCGCGCUGUGGCCCUACAGGUUCGUGACCUCGUUAUACGCGGAGCUGCUGUCGGAAUUUGGCGGGCGGUUCUCGAUCGAGGCGACCACGCCUGCGACGGGGAUUGAGCCGUUGGAGGGGCCGGGGAGGGGCUUUGUGGUGUCGACGCCGAGGGGGAAGAUCGAGACGACGCAUGUCGUGCAUGCGACGGAUGCGUCGGUGGCGAACCUCGUGCCUGGGGCGAUCGGGAAGAUCUUCCCGAUGCGGGGACACAUGACGGCCCAGACGCCGGGGGAAGGGCUGCCGCACCUCGACGGCGCGAGGUCGUGGUCGGUGAUCGGCAGGCGGGGGUUCGAUUAUAUCACGCAGCGACCGGGGCGACCGGGGGAGUCGGAGGAAGGGCUGGGCGGCGAGCUGAUGGUCGGCGGCGGGGUUGUGCAGUCGCCCGGUCAGGGCAUCGACGAGUUUGGGGUCUGGCGCGAUGAUCGCAUGAGUGGACCGAUCAGCGCCUAUCUCGACGGGAUCAUGCCGGUGACUUUCGGCAGAGCGCGCUGGGGACAGGACGCGCAUGGGACGCGCAUCAAGCAGGCCUGGACUGGCUGCAUGGGGUUCACGGCGGAUCUGUUGCCGUACGUGGGCAGGCUGGAGGCGGGAUUGACCGGGCGUGCUGGAGGCCAGGAAUGGAUCUCGGCCGGGUUCAAUGGCGAGGGCAUGAUCCUGGCCUGGCUGUGUGGUGUGGCGGUGGGAUUGAUGGUGCUGGGGCGGGAUGGCCAGCACCAGGAGGGCUGUGCAGGCAUCCCCGCCGGCAAGGUCGAGGACUGGCUUCCGGAGGAGUUCAUCUGCUCGAAACGGCGGGUGGACAGAUCGCAUGUCACGGAACUUGGGUUGUUGAUGUAGCUGGAGACUUCCC